AACUUUUUCCUUGCUGUAAAGGUAAUGGUAAAAUACGUUUGGUUCCCAGUACCUCGAGAAUCGGCGCACGCACAAAUUACCUGUGAUAUAGUGAUACAUUUAAGUCUCGUGAUACAAGGACCUCUUAUACUAGGAUGCAAAAAUAAUAAGAAAUUUCGCAUUUGCCGCAUUCUUUACCGGAAAAGCACUAGUAGAACGCUAAGAUUGUUCAAACUAGCAACACUGUUUCUUUGAGAUCGUCAUUACCAUGGAAACAAUUUAAAACACAAACAAUACAUUUUUUGUAGUGCAUUACAAAAUCAUGUUUACCUUAAACAUUGCAAAAGAAGGCGAAAUUACUAAAACUGUUUAUGGACUGAUAAAGGAGUCGCGCUACAAUGACGCAAUCAAACUUCUACAUGGUGUUCCCGGUUCGAAUUUGACACGAGCUGGUUUAUCACUCUUCGGCUAUUGCUACUUUUACACACAAGAUUAUGCUAAUGCCGCCAGUUACUAUGAGCAGCUUGUACAAAUGUAUCCUGAAAAUAACGAUUAUAGAAUUUAUCAUGCACAAUCCCUUUAUCAGGCUUGUUUGUACGACGAAGCUUAUCGUAUAACUGAGACAAUUCCAAAUAAUGACUAUCCACAGGUAAUCAAAUUGCAAGCCGCCAUAAAGUAUGGCGAAGAAGAUCUACAGUCUGCAAAAAAGUAUGUUGAUAUGUGUUCACCUGACGAUCCAGAUACUGAUGUCAACCUAGGUUGUCUACUUUACAAAGAAGGGAAUUAUGAAGAAGCGUUGAAUAAAUUUACAACAUGUUUACAAAACAUGGGAUUCAAACCCUAUCUUGCAUACAACGCAGCGUUGUGUUAUUAUCGCCUUAAGGAAUACGGACCAGCCUUAAAGCAUUGUGGGGACAUUGUAGAACGAGGGAUCCGGGAUCAUCCCGAAUUAAGUGUUGGAAUGCAAACUGAAGGUAUUGAAGUACGUUCUGUAGGGAACACUUUAACUUUACAUGAAACAGCAUUAACGGAAGCAUUUAAUUUAAAAGCGGCUAUAGAAUAUCAGCUUAAAAACAUGGAUGCUGCACGAGAAGCGUUAACGGACAUGCCUCCACGUGCAGAAUAUGAAUUAGACGCAGUCACGUUACAUAAUCAGGCAUUAAUGAACAUGGACCAAAAUCCAACCGAGGGUUUUGAAAAGUUACAAUUUUUAUUACAGCAAAACCCUUUCCCGCCGGAAACCUUUUCCAAUUUAUUAAUUUUAUACUGUCAGUACGAAUGUUACGACCUUGCAGCUGAUAUACUGGCGGAGAACGCGCAUCUUACCUACAAGUACCUUACACCGUAUCUGUUUGAGUUCCUAGACGCGAUAAUAACGCAACAAACCUCUCCUCCAGAAGCUUACCAAAAACUAGACGAACUGGCAAAUCGGCACACCGAACUCUUACGCAAACUUACAAAACAAGUGCAGGAGCAUCGCAGCAAUGGUGACACCGAGCUGGUAAAGCGUACUGUGCUGGAUUAUGAAGAGUGCCUAGAUCGAUAUAUCCCAGUAUUAAUGGCGCAAGCCAAAAUAUACUGGGAAAUCGAAAAUUAUCCGCAGGUCGAGAAAAUCUUUAGAAAAAGCGUCGAGUUUUGCAACGAUAAUGAUAUAUGGCGGCUGAACGUUGCUCACGUUUUGUUCAUGCAGGAGAAUAAGUUCAAGGAAGCCACGGGCUUUUACGAACCUAUUGUGAAGAAGAAUUAUAGUGAUAUUCUCAAAGUGAGCGCGGUUGUUUUGGCCAAUUUGUGCGUUUCGUACAUUAUGACAUCGCAAAAUGAAGAAGCCGAGGAACUUAUGCGCAAGGUGGAGAAGGAAGAAGAUCAGAUUGCUUUCGAAGAACCGGAAAAGAAAUACUUUCAUUUAUGCAUUAUAAAUCUAGUGAUUGGAACGCUGUAUUGCGCCAAAGGCAACUACGAGUUUGGAAUAUCUCGUACGAUGAAAUCUUUGGAGCCGUUCAAUAAGAAACUGGGCACAGACACUUGGUAUUACACGAAACGAUGCUUUCUCAGUUUGAUAGAGAAUUUAGCAAAGCAUAUGAUUGUUUUGCGUGACUCCGUUAUUCUAGAGUGUAUCGCGUUCUUGGAGAACUGUGAAGUGCAUGGGAAAAAUGUGAUGGCUGUAACAUAUGCUCCUUUCACAGAGGAGGUGCAAAUUGACGGAAAACAAACUGUUGCAUAUGAAGCAAGGCAACUCAAAUCUUUAUUGUUGAAGCUGUAUCACUACUAGUUAAUAGAAUUUCAGUAAAUCUGUUUAUAUCUUAA